AUGGCUGCGAAGUCAUGGACGAGAGAGGAGAACGUGCAGUUCAAGAAUGCAUUGGUGAAGUUCUCAGCGUUUUGCCCCACAAGGUUUCAGAGUGUCGCCCAGUAUCUGCAGAAAUCGAAGGUCGAUGUUAAGGAACGUUACAAAGAAAUGGUCAAGGACCUCUUAGAGAUCGGAUCGAGUCGAAUAGCCUUUGCAGAGGGGCUGACUGAUGCAGCUGCGCAGCGUUUGUACCCAGUCGAUGAAACCAUAUGGAGCAAAGAAGAUCAUGAAUGGUUUCUGAUCGGAUUGAAGAGGUUUGGGGACAAAUGGGACAAAAUAGCGGAUUUAUUGGAUACCAAGAACGCGAAGCAAGUGUUGAUCUAUGCACACAACUAUUUCUAUUGGCAAAGUGCAAAGAAAAAUGUGUUGAAACGAAGGAGAGUCAAUAUUGACAACAGAAUGGUGGAAAUCAUCGAUGUGGACUCACCGCCGCCGGAACAACAAGAGAACCACCAUGUUCUUCCGCAGUCGCAGCCACAACAAAGGCAGAUUGCUCUGGCAAUUGGUCAUCAUGCUUGGUCUUCUUACUCCGAACCACAUCGUCGUCCAUGA